UUUUCCUUGCGACAAACAGAAGAGUACAGUUUGGCCAAUAUGGACGUGAUCUUAAUAUUACUGUCAUUUUGUACAGUAAACUUGAUAUUAUACGACUGAACGUAUCAAAGAUGAACAACACGCUGAAGCCAAACAUUACAAUAAGUAGAUUUCAUACUCCUGAUCUAUUUCGUGGUCUUGAUGAAAGAGUAUCUGAAAUUACAGUAGUGUUUAAUCUUGGUUUAGCAACAGAGAAGGACUUCGUAAAUUAUACAAUAGAUGCUUGUAAUAGAGAAGGGUGUAAUGCAUAUUAUGUCUACCUCAAAUCUGCCAAGUAUGAACAAACGAUACUUCCAGCAUACAAUGCUUGCUCGGUGAUUAUAGGGAUCAUUAUCGGAGGAAUGUUUAUAUGUUGUAUUGCCUCAUAUAUUUAUUGCCGUUUGAGGCGACAAAGAAGAUCUACUGCGGCUGUGGAAAUAUCUCCAGAUGGUCAAUAUGAUGAAAUUGGUACAAUAAAUUAUAAUAAUGGGAUUGUUGAUCCAAUAACUAACUUUGAAGUAGAUAACAAUGACCAUAGACCAACAGAAGAGCUGGGCAUUGAUGUUAUAUCGAGUGCUGGUAGUGAUAGUUCAAGCGCAACCUCUUUCAUAGGACAAACUGGUGACGGUUAUGAAAAUGAGUAUAAGGCAAUAAUUCCUUCAAUUAUCGAAAUGCAUCAAUACCUUGGCAUCAUACCAAAUAUUUAUCAAAACACAAUUAUAUCACCGGCAAACUUAGCGACAUCAUCUGCAGAGUACAUUAAUACAACCAUUCACACAAAGUCCUAGCUUGGUACACACAAGAUUAUGUAAUAAUACAAAAGUAACUGCAUAAUACAAAAGUUUUUCUGUAUUAGUUUUCUGUUUAAAAAUGUAUGGCUAAGUUCGGUCUGAACAAAUACUUGUCACAGCCUAUAGCAUAACGUGUGUAGGCAAAGGUAAUAUCUUUGGUUAGUUUGUUU